AUGUUUGAUACAAGGUUUGAGAGUGAAGAGGAUCCUCUAUUUGUAAAGCUCAAAGCAUUGAAUGGUGAAAGGAGUAGAUUGGCUCAAAGCUUUGAGUAUAAUUACGGAGAUUUCAUUCCCAUUUUGAGGCCUUUCUUACGAGGAUACCUCAAGAUCUGCAAGGAGGUUAAGGACAGAAGAUUACAACUCUUCAAGGACUAUUUCGUUGAUGAAAGAAAGAAGCUUGCAAGUACAAAGCCAAUGGACAACAACGGUCUCAAAUGUGCCAUUGAUCACAUUCUUGAAGCUCAGCAAAAGGGAGAGAUCAACGAGGAUAAUGUCCUCUACAUUGUCGAGAACAUCAAUGUUGCUGCAAUCGAAACAACAUUAUGGUCCAUUGAAUGGGGUAUUUCAGAAUUAGUGAAUCACCCAGAGAUCCAGAAGAAACUCCGUGAAGAGAUCGACACCAUGCUCGGACCAGGAGUGCAAGUCACAGAACCCGAUACCCACAAACUCCCCUACCUUCAAGCGGUGAUCAAAGAAACACUCCGUCUCCGUAUGGCAAUUCCUCUUCUCGUGCCCCACAUGAACCUCCACGACGCCAAACUUGGGGGAUAUGAUAUUCCUGCCGAAAGCAAAAUCUUGGUCAAUGCUUGGUGGCUAGCAAACAAUCCGGUUCAGUGGAAGAAACCCGAAGAGUUCAGGCCUGAAAGAUUCUUGGAAGAGGAAUCCAAAGUCGAGGCCAAUGGGAAUGACUUCCGUUAUCUCCCAUUUGGUGUCGGUAGGAGAAGCUGCCCUGGAAUCAUACUUGCAUUGCCAAUUCUUGGCAUUACUUUGGGACGUUUGGUGCAGAAUUUUGAGCUGUUGCCUCCCCCCGGGCAGUCAAAGAUAGACACUAGCGAGAAGGGAGGGCAGUUCAGUUUGCACAUUUUGAAGCACUCUACCAUUGUGUUAAAGCCUAGAUCCUUUUAA